GGCGGGGGGACGGGCCUGUGCUCGUGGGGGUACCCGGAGGGGCCGCGGUCCGGCCCCUCUUCUCCUCGCGGAAGACAGGUUAGGGCUGGAGUGACAGAGCCAGGAACGGCUGCCCGGGGGCCUGGCGCUGUGGGGUUGUGCUAACCCCUCCAAGGAGCCCAACAUGGAAGAGUUUAAAGAUGCAAGUCCACCUGAAGAGUUACUUGAUCACUUAAAACUUUCUGAUCAGAGGUCUUCAGAGGCUGGCCUCAAAGAUGCACAGAAUCCCCAAAAUGUUGAAAGCAGAUCCACCCCAUCUUCAGCCAGAGAACCCACGACAGCAGAUGAGUGUUUCCAUGACUGUCACGACUCCUUUGAGGCAGAGGAACCUACGUUGGAUGAUGAAGGGAAUUUACAGAAUGAUGAGAAUAGCUCAAGAAAGCAGACAGAACUUGAUGAAGAAUACUUACUAGAACUAGAAAAAGAUAUGCCAGAGGAAGAAAAGCAGAAAAGAAGAAAGGAGAGCACAAUGCUGAAGGAGAAAGGAAAUGAGCAGUUCAAGAAAGGAGACUACAGAGAGGCAGAAGACUCUUAUACGAAGGCUCUGCAGAUUUGUCCAGCCUGCUUCCAAAAAGAUAGAGCUGUUCUGUUUUCAAACAGAGCUGCUGCAAAAAUGAAACAGGACAAGACAGAAGCUGCCCUAAGUGACUGCAGCAAAGCAGUGGAAUUAGAUCCUAAUUAUAUUAGAGCUUUGCUCAGGAGAGCAGAACUAUAUGAAAAAACAGAAAAACUAGAUGAAGCUCUGGAAGAUUAUAAGGCAAUCCUAGAAAAAGACCCAUCAGUUCAUCAAGCCAGAGAAGCAUGCAUGCGAUUACCUAGACAAAUUGAGGAACGGAAUGAAAAAUUAAAGAAAGAAAUGUUAGGCAAACUGAAGGAACUUGGGAAUUUGGUUCUCCGUCCCUUUGGCCUGUCAACAGAAAAUUUCCAGAUAAAACAGGAUUCAUCAAGUGGUUCAUACUCUGUCAGUUUUGUUCAAAAUCCAAACAACAACAGAUAACAUGAAUUCAGUCUAGUUCUGCUGGCUUUCAGGCUUCGUGACCGUGUGCUUGCACGUACCAGUACAAGGAUUCAGCGAACAUUCUUCAUGCUCCCCAACUGAAGACAAGACUCGAGCAUAUUCCUUUCCCUGCUUAAUUAUUCACAAUGUGGACAUAAAGCAAGUCCUUUGCCUUCUCCUAGUGAUAACAGUGUCUGGUGUGUGAUUUAUGUUUUUAAAAUGAUUUUUCCUUCCCUUGCGGUGUUUGGCUUGUCCAGCGGUCAGGUUCACUGUUUUGGCCCAUUCAGUGCUGGCAACAAAAUUCUAGCAAGCAAUUCAGUUGAGUCGAAAUGCUCACGUACCUGCAGCCAAGAACAAAGCCUCCUGGUGUCUUGGGGCAUUACUGAAUCUAGCAGAAGCGCUUCUCCACACUGGGCAGGUGGAUGCGACUGACAGCAUGCAUGGAAGCAAGCCAGCCUCUUCUAUGGAAUAAUUCUUUGUAAUAAAGGCUCGCUAUUUCG